UUAUGGAUUUUAUACAUCUUAAGUUACCAUUCAACAAGUCUUGAUACAAAUGACUUGAUUUCACAGCUCUCAACGUAGGAUAUUUGACUAAUUGACUCAGCUAUCUAGAAAGAUCGCAUCUCCACAUCUUCACAUGAUGAUCUUGUCGAAGCCGGCGAAGGAACUAAAAAACGUGAUGCAGCCUGCAAAAUACAGUACCAGCUGAUUUAUCGGAAAGACUUCCGCCCGUAUGUCACCUCCAAAAGUUGUAUAUUUCCAGUGAGGUGUGAGUGUUGCAGAAUGGAGUAAGCCAACAUCAGAAUCAUGUCUGCUACAGAAGAAGAGUAUGCCAAGUUCCUCUGUUUCUGCGAGCAGUCCCUGAGUGGUCCCAGCAAGCAGCUCAUCACCCUGGUGAAGAAACGCUAUGAUGAGUGCUCUGACAAGUUCAAGGGCACCCAGGAGCUGUACCAGCUUCUGGCGAGCUGCAGACAGAAGAUGGAGUCUGACAACAGGCACCUGUUCGUCCAUCUCAAGGACUGCUUGAAUGAGCUGAAGGCUUACGCCAAGGGUAGGAAGGGAGAAAAACGUAAACAACCAUCUGAGUAUGACUCGGAUGACACUGUGUGGAAGAGGACCAAAACCUCUAAUGGAGAGUUCCGAGAUAAAGAAGAUAAGAACAGUAAGAGUCGAUCACUGACAUCUUCUCCAGUGCUUGGGGAGCCUUCAAAACAAGCCAUAGAUAAUGCUCUGCAGUCUUCCACACCAAGAGACAAACAGUGGGAAAGCAAGCUAAAGAUAUCUCCUCACUCAGCGUGCUCGUCAAAGCUUGCAGACAUCAUCAGGAACCUGAAGGAUAAGAAAAGCAGUGGUGAAGCUUUGACUGAUGACACUGUUGCCAGCGAGGCAGAUUCCCUUGGUAAUGGAUGUAUGACCAACAUAGAUGGAGAUCUGAAAUCUGAAGAUGAGAAGUCGGUGCUGCCUGAAACAGGCAAUGCUGAGAGUGCAGUGUUGAAUAAUGAUGAUGAUGAUGAUGAUGAUGAUGAUGAUGAUUGUAUUCUGAUUGAUGAUAGUCCACCAUGUGAAAGCACAGAUUCACUAAAAGCGACAGCUGCCAACACUGAUGUAAAUUUACAAGAUGAUGGUUUGAAGCCAUCGGGUUCUGAUUCAGCAUUGAAAGUAGCAGACAGUAAACCAGCCAAGGUUAAUAAAUUGUCUCUUUCCUCAUCUAGGACCCUGACUGGGUCCCGACCUCUGACCCCUGAUAUAUGCAAUGCUGAUAUUUCACCGGCUACAAAUGGAACAAUAGAAGCCGCCAGUAAUGUUGUUACUGGUGACCAUCCUGUUGCCACAAAUAGUGCCCGGUCACCAUCAGCAGCUGAUGGGGGCCAUUCAAAUAAUGGUAAAAAAACGACUCUUAAUUCAGGUAAAAAUUCAGUUGCACAUAUGAUCUCAGAGUUAGAUAUAGUUGUAAAUAAAAUCUCUGAUGUGGCUGAAAAAGAUUCAGAGUUACAGCCUGACGUGGAGUCGGACUCUGUUGAUGUUGAAGAGGAUGAGAAACCAAAGAGAAGCUCCCCAUCUGUAGAUGAAGCAAAAAUAUGUGAACAGUCACCAGGUUCGAAAGACACUGAGAUUCUAACAGUUUCUGUACCUGAAUCAAAAGACUCUCCACCGGAGAGAACCGCAUCGCCUGGGACCAAGCAGCCUGAAGCUAUGUCAUCACACACUCCAUCUUCUAACACGAACAUUCCUUCACCAGCAGCUGGAGAAGCAUCUCAGACCAAGUCCACCACUGAGGGGUCACCAGGUACAUUUGAAGUUACUGCUGACUCAGCGCUUGCCAUUACUGGUGAGUCUUGUGACUCACCCGUUGUAAUAACCCCGAAGCCUUCUGAAUCACCAUGUGGUGGUACCUCUGAGCAUAGUGACUUGCCCGUUGUUGUCAGUGUAGAACAUAGUGACUCAACAACUGACGUCCAAUCCGAGCAUUGUGACUCAACCAUUGGUGUGACGUUUGAGCAUAGCGACUUGCCUGUUGUUAUCACUGGAGAAUGUAGUGACUCACCAACCGAUGUCAUGUCUGAGCAUUGCGACUCAUCUGUUGGUGUGACGUCUGAGCAUUGUGACUCACCCAUUGUUAUCACUGCGGAGCAUAGUGACUCACCAACUGAUGUCACAUCUGAGCAGUGUGAUUCAUCCAGUGGUGUGAUGUCUGAGCAAUGUAACUCACCCAGGACCAACCAGGCAACUGGUUCAACAUCUCAGGGAUCAGCUUUGGAAAGAGGGGGAUUGAAGAAGGAGGAACCAGUGAAGAAAAGGGAAGAACCGGAGAAGAAAAAGGAAGAACCGGAGAAGAAAAAGGAAGUGUCUGAGAAACACAUCCAUCGGUUGGAGAAGCUACUGGAGAAGCUGCAGACUAAGAUCCAGCAGGUUCAGGAGCGUGAGUUGAGCCUCGAUGACCUGGCUGAGGAAGACUCCACCUACAUCUACGAGGACAAGCUCAAGAAGAAGUUUGUGGCUGUGUGGAACAAGCUGUGUGAGCUGAAAGACCGCGCCCCCACCACUGGCCGUCCCACGGAGAGGAGGUUCAACUACCAGGGUACAAGGUACCCCGAGGUCAAUAAGAAGAUAGAGAAGAUGAUUAACAAGAAGAAGGUCUUCCCCGACUUCCAUGACAUGAAGAGACUGGUGGCUAAAGUCAGCAUCAACCAGAAGCUGCAUCUCAGUCAAAAAGAGAUAGACAGCGUCGCUCGUGAGGCCUUUACUGACGUGGGAAACCUGCUGCAACAGCGACGACAGGACGACUACAUCACAACCUUCGGCUGUAAGCUGACUGACUACUCAGAUAUGAGUCACGACCCAGCGAUGUACAACUUGGAGUUGAAACAGAAGCUUGAGGAGAACCAGCAGCAGGGAAAGACUAAUCUGGAGAACGUGAUCCGGAAGUUCUCGGACAUGCAGUAUGAGACGGGAGAGGAAGCUGUGGAAGUCCCUGAAGGAUCAGAGGAGGAUGAAAGACUGGAAGAGGAAGACGCGUCAGAUGAGGAUGUGAUGGUGGUAAAUGAGGAAGACCUUGCCAGUGAUGCUGAAGACCUGAUUGAAAUUAAACCCCGCUCAAAGAAGAGUUGUAUUGAGCUGCUCUCCGACACCGAGGACAGAUCUCCAUCCUCCUCCCCAGAACCCCAAGCGCCUCCAGGCCCAUCAGCUCGUCCAGACAUUGUGUCCCAGUGUUGGCCCCAGACAUCGGAGCUCCCCCAACACUGGCUGGCCAAAUCUCCAGGCAGCAUCAUACAACCCCGAUCCCCCAGCAAACAGGGGGGCCCAUCCACCAGCACCCCUCCACCCCAGGUGUCCAGGACCCCCAUGGGCAGCUCCCUCUCCACCCGCACCCCUCCACCCCAGGUGUCGAGAACACCUGCAAGCAGCACCCUCUCCAGCAACCACCUCUCAGGGACUUCUCACAAUCAGGUCACAUGUAGGCCAAAGCACAGAUCACCAUCACCCAUUGAAGUUGACGAUUCAAAUGAUGAUUCAUCCAUGUUCCCAGAAAGUAAGAACCGCAUGAAAGUCCAUGAUAAGAGUCUUGUGCCUUCAUUUCUGGACUCUCCAGGCGACCAUCUGCCUUUGACUUCAACGGUUAAGAAACAGUUUCAAACUAAGCCUCACUCAGGGGGUCAAAAAGUCCUCUGGUGGUCAUCGCUGGGCAGUAAUGAUAGUGCAGUGAAAAGAAUGAAACCUACAAAUAGUGUAAACAACCGAGCAGUUCCAAAUCAUGAUUCUUUGCAUUCAAUUCCUUUCUCCCACAGACCACCAUCUUCCUCUGUGUCUUUUUCAACCUCAGUAUCUCCUCACAAGCGGAUUCCUCUGACAACACACACGUCCAGUCCUGUACGAUCCAUGAAUGUUAAUGGUAUCAGUGCCAACAGACAGAGAGAGUGCGUUCCUCCUGCGACGAAUGUUCCCCCUGUGAAGAAUGUUCCCCCUGUGAAGAAAGAGGCCCCGAUGUCGCCCCUUAAGCAGGCCAUGCAGAUGUCGAGUCAGUGCUAUAUCGACAUCGAUGAGGCUGGAGAAGAACCGGAUGUGUAUGAAGUAGAGCCGCCAGAGGAGGUCAAGGAGGUCAUUGUUCUUUCGGAUUCAGAAUGAGGUGGAUUAGAGAGAGAAUGCUGGUGAGAAUGGAGUUGAGAGUAGACAUCUGUAAAUUUGACUCUCACAGGAGUAGACAUGUAUGAAGGGAGGCUUUUCAUUUCUUCUCUGUGCCAGGAAGUAGACGUUGGAGCUCGUCAGUUUUCUCUGACAGGCGGUAGAUGUGAAGUGAGAUUGUCAUUCCUUCAGACAAGCUGAUAUAUAGGAAUGUUGUCAUUCUCUCGAUGACAGGAGGCUGCUUGAAGAGGUGUCCUAUCUCACAGGAGACAGAUGUGAAAGGAGGUAAUCGUCAUCAUUCCCGGUGACAGAAGGCAGACAUGAAGGGGCGUCAUCAUUCUCCAGUGACAAGAUGCGGAUGUGAAGAGAGGUCAUCAUUCUCUCUGUGACAGGAGGUAGCUUGAAGUGGGGAGGUCAACAUUCUCUCCUCUCUCAUAGGAGGCAGACUUGAAAGGAGGUCGCCCUUCCCUCAGUUGGUGAAAAGGGGCGGACAUGACGGGAGGUGAUCAUUUUCUUGGUGACAGGCAGCAGAUGUGAAAGGUCAUCAUUCUCCGCUCUAACAGGAGUCAGACGUGAAGGGAGGUCGCCAUUUUCUCGGUAACAGGGGACAGCCUCGAAGGGAGGUUGUCAUUUCUCUGUAACAGGAGUCCGACGUGAAGGGAGGUCGUCAUUUUUUCGGUAACAGGAGACAGACGUGAAGGGAGGACGCCAUUUUCUCUGUAACGGGUCGGAUGUGAAGGGAGGUCGUCAUUUUUUCGGUAACAGGAGACAGACGUGAAGGGAGGACGCCAUUUUCUCUGUAACGGGUCGGACGUGAAGGGAGGUCGUCAUUUUCUCGGUAACAGGAGACAGACGUGAAGGAAGGUCGUCAUUCUCUCCCCUUUAACAUGAGACAGACGUGUAUGGAAGUGAUCAUGACUCUCCACCAGGAGGCAGACAUCAGAAGACAAGUGCUGUAGCAGACUGUCUUACCACUGAGGAGAGAUGGAGAAGAAGAGUCUUCAUGACGCUUGGUGCGUGUGUGAAGGGCAUUGGUCUAGCAACUGGUGCUACUUAGAGCCACACCACUGUCCAGCUUACAGACACAUGUUCCUCAACAAACAUGGACUGUUUAAAUGCAGUUGUUUGUGUUGUAUAUGUUGAGACUAAAAUAAUGAAUUCUGGAUUCUACCUUGUUAGAAAAGAAUGGUGUUUUGUAUUGCCACAGACAUUGAUGCAGAGUUUGAUAAAACCUGGUAAUGCACUGUAAUGUAAACUGUAAAUAGAAGCUUAAUUUAUAACCCAAGGUGUGUUGCAUGCAUAAUUACAUGGCACAUUGUCAGACUAGUUCAGUGGUGGUCAGUUGGGCUGUUUAUUUAGUACAAAUGAACUGAUGAAAUGUUUCUGUAAAGUAUCAAGGUUUCGAGAAGCUUCAAGAAAAAUGGGCAGCCACCGCACUGGUAUAUCAAAUAUGUUUAACAUUAAAGCAAGAUAUAUUCACUUUAAAGGAGCUGUGGAUUAGCCUAGUGGUUAAAGCGUUAGCACGUCACACCGAAGGUCUGGUUUCGAUUCUCCACCUGGGUACAUUAUGUGUGAAUCCUGUUCCUGGUGUCCCCGCCAGUGUUAUUGGUGGAAUAUCGUAAAAGGCUGUGUAAAAUCCCACUCGCUCACUUACUAUUUGUCGAUGGACUUCUUCAACUUUCCCAUUGUAAAAUCAAUUCAUAAUGCCAUGUUGAUUAAAAUUGCAUAUAUUUAA